AUGUAUAUCCGUCAAUCCAAACUCCAUCACCUCAAGGAGUACAAGUACUCUGGUGUCGACCAUUCUCUUGUCUCCAAAUAUGUCCUCAAGCCGUUCUGGAACCAGUUUAUCAAAUUGUUCCCCAUGAACAUGGCUCCCAACCUAAUUACCCUCACCGGCUUCUCGUUCAUUAUGAUAAAUCUCGCGACUUUGCUUUGGUAUAAUCCUACUUUGGAUCAGAACUGUCCUCCAUGGGUUUACGCCUCUUGGGCAGUUGGAUUGUUUUUGUAUCAGAGCUUCGAUGCCGUGGAUGGUAGCCAGGCACGAAGGACGAAGCAGAGCGGUCCACUUGGUGAACUCUUUGACCAUGGCGUUGACGCGUGCAAUACCACCCUUGAGGUCGUUAUUUUCGCCGGUGCUGUGAACCUGGGUUAUUCAUGGCAAACAGUUGGAACACUCUUUGCGACUCUUUGUUCGUUCUAUUUGACAACUUGGGAGGAAUAUCAUACUCAUACCUUGUACUUGGGACCUGUAUCUGGACCUGUUGAAGGUAUCUGUGCGGUUAUUAUCGUAUACGCUAUUACGACUUUUACUGGUGGUUACUACUGGCAUGGAAGCAUGUUGAGGAGCAUUGGGGUGCCAGAAUUUGAAUGGAUUCCCAAGCCUGUUUAUGAAGCCAGCUUCAUUACUACCUACAUGAUUUACGGGGGUGUUAUUUUGGGGUUCAGCAUUUUCCAGAGCUCGAUGAACGUCGUUAAGGCACGCCGAGAAGCUGGUCUCCGUGUCCGCCCUGCUCUUCUUGGUCUCGCCCCAUUCUUUGCUCUAUGGGUUCUUAUCCCCACCUGGCUUUACAUCCAACCUCAAAUCCUCAAUAAUCAUCUUAUUCCAUUCAUGUUCUUCGUCGGUGCCUCCUUCGCCUACCAAGUCGGCCUCAUCAUCAUAGCACACCUUACAAAAUCCGCUUUCCCAUACUUCAACGUCCUAAUCAUCCCAAUUUUCUUGGGAACCAUGGACUCCCUUGGACCUUUCCUUACCGAAAACUACGGAUUCGGAUGGCCAAGUGUCCUAGGCGAGGAGUAUGAGAUCCCAUUCGUAUUCUUGUGCUUGGGAUGUGCGUAUGGCGUGUAUGGAAGCUUUGUGUUUGAUGUUGUAUUGAAUAUCUGUGAUUAUUUGGACAUUUGGUGUUUAACUAUCAAGCAUAGGAAGACGAAUGAUGCUAAUGAGACUAUUGUGGCCGAGGUUUUCUCGAAGUUCUUCGAUAAGCUCAAUGCGUUGAGUGGAUCGGAUGUACAGGUAAACGGCAACGGGAAUGGCGUAGAGAAAAAGACCUUGUGA